GUCCGAUAACUCCCCACCCCAAGCAGCAUCCAGCCGUCCAUUUUCAGCUCCCCCCUCCCCUCUCUCUGCUUCUUCUCCGUCAGUCCGCCGCUUCUUCCCCGUCAGUCCGUUCAAAGCUCCCCUUCUCUCGGCAUGGACUUGGGAGCUUCUCUUAGGGCGCCCAGCAGCAUCCAGCCGUCCAUUUUCAGCACCAAAACACUGCACUCCAAAUCCAGGGAGAUCUCAGCUGUUCAUCCUCUGGCCAAUGCUCCCUUUCAGAAAUUCAAGAGCGUUUCGGCCAGAAAUUUUAGCUGCAGAGUAUCAAUGAAGGAUGCGGGCAUCUCUUCAUCUCAGAUGAAUCGGAUUUCUAGCGAAGGGCUUGUUGACCCGGACCUGUCAAGUUUAAUGGCUUUAUCACCUUUGGAUGGUCGCUACAGAAAAAAAGUCGAAGAACUGAGCUUCUUUCUGAGUGAGUAUGGCCUAAUCCGCUUCCGUGUUCUAGUCGAGGUCAAGUGGUUGCUUAAACUUUCCCAAAUUCCUGAAAUCAGUGAGGUCCCAAACUUCAGUGAGGAUGCACGGUCUUUUUUGGACUCUUUAAUUGACAAUUUUUGCGGAAGCGAUGCCUUAGAAGUGAAGAACAUCGAAAAAGUGACUAACCAUGAUGUGAAAGCCGUGGAAUACUUCUUGAAACAGAAAUGCCAAUCGCAUCCAGAGGUUUUAAAGGUACUUGAAUUCUUUCAUUUUGCUUGCACAUCAGAGGAUAUCAACAAUGUGGCAUAUGCGUUAAUGCUAAAAGAAGCUCUCACCAGAGUCAUAUUUCCUGUCAUGGAUACACUGAUUGAAGCAAUAUGUCACAUGGCAAAGAAGAAUGCUCAUAUUCCUAUGCUUUCUCGCACUCAUGGGCAGCCUGCUUCGCCUACUACUUUGGGAAAGGAAAUGGCAAUUUUUUGUUACAGGCUCAGCAGACAAAGGAGGAAUAUUUCUCAAGUAGAGUUGAUGGGGAAGUUUGCUGGUGCAGUUGGAAACUACAAUGCCCAUGUAGUUGCAUAUCCUAAUAUUAAGUGGCCAUGUGUUGCAGAAGAGUUUAUAAAGUCCUUGGGAUUGGGCUUCAAUCCAUAUGUGACACAGAUUGAGCCACAUGAUUAUAUGGCGGAGCUGUUUGAUGCAUUCAUCCGGUUCAACAAUGUGUUGAUCGAUUUUGACAAAGACAUAUGGAGUUACAUAUCUCUGGGUUAUUUUAAGCAGAUAACCAAGGCUGGCGAGAUUGGGUCUUCCACUAUGCCCCACAAAGUCAAUCCGAUUGAUUUUGAAAACAGUGAGGGUAACCUGAUUGUAGCUAAUGGAACUCUAAACAACCUGAGCACGAAGUUACCCAUUUCACGUUGGCAGCGAGACCUCACAGAUUCAACAGUUUUGAGGAAUAUUGGCGUGGUAUUAGGGCAUUCCCUCCUUGCCUAUAAAAGUGCACUUCAGGGAAUUGGGAAGCUUCAGGUAAAUGAAGCUCGCCUACAUGAAGACUUGGAGCAAUCUUGGGAGGUACUUGCAGAACCAAUACAGACUGUGAUGCGCAGAUACGACAUUCCAGAGCCUUACGAGAAGCUGAAGGAGCUGACUAGAGGAAGGGCAGUCACCAAAGAGAGCAUAAGAGAGUUCAUCGAAGGCUUGGAUCUUCCGGAGGAAGCCAAGGGUGGCCUUUCGAAGCUGACCCCCCAAUCCUAUAUAGGAGCAGCGGAGGAAUUGGCUAAAGCUGUAGAUAGUACAGAUUUGGUGAAUGGCUUCAAGCUCCUAUAGUUAGAGCAGACAUUGAAAAAAUCCAGCGGCGGUCAUCGGAUGGUACAGAUCACUCUUGAGGUGCUUGCUGUUGGCUUUUGUGAGAAAGGCUGCGUUUUGACCUGUGAAGGUAAUGGUUGAUUUGUCGCAUGAUAUGAAUGCAUGGUUUUGGUAUUAUAGCUUUGGUGGGAAGUUUACAUGUUUCAAUCUCCAAAUUUUGUUGACAUUGUUUUUCCCUAUUGCUCUUAAGAGGAAGGCGGCGGAGAGACUGAAGAGGUGCCAACAUGGCUACUGUGAACUUGGUCCAGGCAAAACUGUCAGGUGGGACCUACUGCCAAUAAGCCCUAGUCCAAAAGUCAGGCAGGUGCAAUUUAAUUAUUUGGGUCAUGCUUGUUUGUGGAACUUGACCAGAAAAUCACCAAUAACUUAGACACGAACAUGCGGCCCGCCUGAUUAGUGGACUGGCAUGACUUUUGGGAGGGCACAUUCACAGAGCCUCACCGAGUCCAUGAUCCAGAUCUCAUCAUUUGCAUCUUCUAUCUGUUGCAAGCAAAUUGCUUUCAGCAUUUUUAGAAAAGUGAACACUAGUUAAUGGUCAAGCAAUAUAUCUCUCUAUAUGGAUCAA